AUGGGAGCAUGGAAUUUGGUAAUUGACCCGAAACGAGCAUUCCGGCAACGGCGAGCUAUGGCCACCGGAGGCGACGGUGACACCUCCAAGCAGGAGCUCUUCCACCUCAUCAAACGCUUCGGAGCUUAUGUUACAUUCAAGAUCUCCAAUUUUUUCCCUCUCUCUCUCCACAACCUCGAUAUACGCUCUAUUGGGGCAGUUGCUGGUCUUGCUGUUGCAAUUGUUUUCACAUGGAGGCUGUUGAGAUCUCCUUCUGGGUCUCAGCGGAGGCAGCAAAAACGGCAAGGCGCUUCAUCUAGUAAUCCUGGAGUCUCUACGCAUUCGAAUGUGUCGGUGGUUCCUUCAGAUGCUUGUUCACCCUCAGAUGAUUCAAGGGCACAAAAUGUUGUUGAUGAGUUCUUCCAGCCAGUCAAGCCAACCUUGGGCCAGAUAGUUAGGCAGAAGUUGAGUGAAGGAAGAAAGGUAACUUGUCGUCUUCUUGGAGUGAUCCUUGAGGAAAGUAGUCCAGAAGAACUGCAGAAACAAGCUACUGUGAGAUCCUCUGUGCUAGAAGUAUUAUUGGAAGUAACAAAAUUUUGUGAUUUAUAUCUCAUGGAACGAGUUCUGGAUGAUGAAAGUGAGAAAAGAGUUCUUGUAGCAUUGGAAGAAGCAGGGGUAUUCACUUCAGGUGGUUUGGUCAAGGACAAGGUUUUGUUCUGCAGCACAGAGAAUGGACGGUCAUCAUUUGUUAGGCAAUUGGAACCUGACUGGCAUAUUGAUUCAAAUUCUGAAAUUGUCUCUCAAUUAGCUAGGUUUAUCAAGUAUCAACUUCAUGUAUCUCCUUAUAAAGCCGAAAGAACUGCUGCAAAUGUGUUCAGUGCUCCAUCUCUGGAACAGUUCUUUGGAUCCAUAUGA